AUGUCCAAGCGUGCAUGGCCUUUGACCCCAUGUGGCCAUUCUUUGCUGCUCAAGUCAUCCCGCCACGAGCUGGCCUCACUUCCUGACACGGAACCGCGGGAUAGUGUUGAUGAUGAGGGCGCGCCUCCGCAAGUGUACCGUGACGACGAAUCCGCCGAAUUCAUCGCACCUUCCGAGGCUUCCGGCGAAGAAUACUAUAGCCCACAAGAGCCCUAUUACGCCACCAAAUAUAUACCGCCGCGGUUACAACGUGUAUGGAACAACGUCGUCGUUUGGGUCAAAGGACCACAGCCACCACGGCCGUGGAAGAUACAUCCUUUCUUCCCCAGGAUACAGACUGCGCCUAUCCAGCUAUUGAACAAUUACUUUCCCAAGAAGAACCAGAAGAUCGCUCUGUUGGUCUUCUUCUACUUCUGCUGGAUUCUGACUUUUGGCUUGGUAUUGCAUCGUAGCGCGUUCGCGGCCGACAUACCUGGAUACGGUAGUCCAGUACGGAUAAGGUGCACUGAUCGCUUUUGGAGCGAUGGAAAUGGGUGCGGACUCAAUGGCGAUCUUUGUCGACCGUUUGAGAAUAGCUCCAUGUCGUUCCGCUGUCCGGCGAACUGCAAGCGUGUGCAGUUGCUCAAUCCACAUGCCGUGGGAGAUCAGAUGGAAAACUACCGGCCACUCGUUGUUGGUGGUCCCACAGAUGAACAACAGACCCUCGAGAAUACGUAUUACCGCGCCGAUUCAUUCAUCUGUGGCGCAGCUAUCCAUGCUGGCUUUAUCAACGACGCCUCGGGUGGAUGUGGUGUUGUUGCUCAGGUUGGCAAGAAAAGCAACUACCCUAGCGUCAACAGAAAUCACAUCCAGAGCAUCGGCUUCGACUCGUAUUUUCCGCGAUCAUUCACGUUCCUCCAUGGCACGGCAGCCAAGUGUCGCGACCUGCGUUGGCCGUUGUUAGGCGUAUCUCUGACCUUUACCAUCCUCUUGUCCCUGUUUACCACGUCUCCAGCCGUCUUCUUCGCCUCAAUCUUUACCGGAGUCUUUUUCCACGUUGCACUUGCGUCGGAUCCUCCGAACCUUACCGAUUACUACGCUAUCAUUAGUAUAGCAUUGGGACGCUUCCUCCCUGCGUGUUUUUGCAUGUACGCUGUUUACCGAUUCGCCGUGCGUCGUCAACUUCAAGGCCUUCAUGCACAGAUUGAGAAGACCAUUCUCUGGCUCGGAGGAUGUUGGAUAGGCGCUUUGAACAACUAUACCUUUGAUAAGAUCCCCAUCGAGCGCCUCACACCCCACGACAUUAAGAAUCAGCCUGGCGCAAUCCCCGCACUCAUCAUCAUUGUUCUCAUCUUGUUCUUUAUCGCUGUUGGACAAGGAUGGGCGCUGAGGGUUGAAGGACGCUUGCCCCAGUUCCUCGCCAUUUACGGUGCUUUGGUCGCUGGCAUACUCGCACUCGUCGCCGUACCUAAGAUGAACGUUCGAAUUCAUCACUACAUCCUCGGCCUUCUACUCGUCGCAGGAACAUCCAUGCAAACGCGCCCCUCACUUCUGUUUCAAGGUAUCCUGAUAGGUUUGUUCAUCAACGGGAUCGCACGUUGGGGUUUCGAUAGUAUACUCCAAACGCCCAAUGAGCUUCGCGGUGACGCGCCCAUUGGUACCCUUCUCCCUCUCAUCACGGCGCCAAUCAUUCACAACAACACGAAUUUGCCUUUCCUCAGACCCAACAUCACUUUUGACUGGCAUUUCCCGUUCCCCAAGCCUUACGACGGAAUGAGCAUCCUGGUGAACGAUGUAGAACGAUACCACGAGUACGCGGAUAGAAUGGAAGAGAGUUGGACCUGGACAAGACACAUGGAAGGCGUGAAUGAGUACUUCCGCUUUGGAUACCUGCGAGGUGGUGGAAGAGGUGACUACACAAAGGCAGGAGUCUGGGGAGCAGAUGGUAGCUGGGCAGACAUGGAGCCCGGGCCAUCAUAA